AUGUCUUCGUUUCAACAAAGUGACGAUGAUUAUGAAGCAGUCACUCGUAUUUUUGAUACAAAUUCAUUAUUUCAAUGUCCAUUAUGUAAAAACGACUUUCAAGAUCCACGUAUACUCUGUUCAAAUGGACAUACAUUCUGUUUGAAUUGUAUCCAAAAUAUUCUACCAGAUGAUGGUAUUCUUAAAUGUCCUAUUUGUAAAGAAAUACGUCGGUUUACUAGUGUUAAAGAAAUAGGACAAUUAACAAAAAAUUCUACAUUACAAAUAUUAAAACGAGCUGAACAUCAUCGUAUUGCACAAAUAGGUAUAUGCGAAUUAUGUAAUAAAAAGCCUGCCUAUGGUCGAUGUUUUCAUUGUCGUUCAUUAGCUUGUUUUAAAUGUAUGAAUGAACAUGAACAAAGUAUAGCUGAUGAACAGAUAAAAGAAUAUAGUGAAUUAAUAAAAAUACGUGAUAAUCUUAAUGAAAAAAUAUCUCAAUGGGAUAAAAAAUUAACUGAAUCAAAAGAAAAUAUUCGUAAAACAAUUCAAAUCGAUGCUGAAAAACAAAUAAAAGAAAUUCAAGAUCAUGAACAAAUAUUAUAUAAUCAAUUAGAUGAUCUCUAUCAAAGCUAUUUACUAACAAAAAAUAUCAAAUUACAAAAACUUAAAUUUGAUAUUGAAAAAGAAUCAUAUGAAUUAGAUUGUAUAGAUCCAAAAAGUUGUAGUAUAUCAGAUCGUAUACGUUUAAAUCAAUAUUGGACUAAUUUACAACGAAAAUUUGAUGAUCAAUCAAUUGAUUUUAUUUAUAAUACAAAUUCAUCAUCAAUUCAUCAAUCAUAUCUUGGUGAACUUCAUCUUAAAACAAUAAAUCAAGAAAUUGAAUAUUUACAACGACAAAAAUUUAAUACUUCCGAUAAUCAACAUAGUUUAAUUCCAUUUCAUCAUUCAUCAGCAAGAAAACAAAUGAUUACACCUGAACAAAAUCUUAAUCAAUUAUCAAAACUAAAUUAUGAAAAUGAAAAUAAUUCUUAUAAUACAAUUAAAUUUUCAACAUUAAGAAAUCAUUCACAACAUGAUGAUUAUCAAAUUAAACAAGGUAGUGAAUAUGCUAUAAGAAAACUUAUUCGAAAUCGUCAACAACAAAAAUCAAAUACAAAUAUAAAUAUGAAAUUAUUAAAUGAAAUUGAUCAACAACAAAUUGAAGAUAAUACACCAUUAACACCACGUAUGCCUAUUGCACCAAUACAUCUUGAUAAUUAUAAUAAAAAAGCACGACAAAUUUUAAUAGGUUUAAAUGAAGCUGAUAAAUUUCUUGCACCAAAAGCAAUUGCUAUGACAGAUACAAAUCAAUUAUUAAUUACUGAUACAAAAAAACAUCGUAUAAUUAUUUAUGAUUUAAAUUUAAAAACUAUGAAUAGUAUAAAAGGUUUUCUUUUUCCUGAUGGUCUUUGUUUAGCUAUGGAACAUUAUGUUAUUAUAACUGAUCGUCAUCGAAUUUCAAAAUAUGAUUGGUUACAUGGAAAAAUGAUUAGUUUUAUUGGAAGUAAAAAACAAGGUUGUACACGUUCUUCAUUUUCAUGGCCAAAGGGAAUUACUAUUGAUAAUAAUUAUGUUUAUGUUUGUGAUUCAUAUAAUUCACGUAUGGUUGUACUUACUCAUCAAAUGCGUUAUGAAAACGAAUGGAUAAUUAUGAGAGGUACAAAAAAACUUGAUCCACAAUAUACUUCCAUAUCCAAUAGUCAACUCUAUGUAACAGCUUGGCAACGAAUUAAACCCGAAUCAUGUGCAUAUAAUGCUGGUUGUAUUAUUGUUUAUAGUACAGAUGGUACUAUACAAAGAUUUAUCGAUACAGAUGCUCAAUCUUAUCUUAAUUUAAGUGUUCCUGAAGGUAUCGUAUGUGAUAGUUCAAAUCAAUUAAUUUUAGCUGAUCGAUAUACAUCAAAAAUCUUAGCAAUGAAUAAUAACAAUAAUGAUAAUCAACAAUCAGUUAUUCAUUUUCACGGUGAUAAAAUGAAAUCACCACAUUAUGUAUGUUUUUCUAAUGAUCAAAAUACAAUGAUUGUUAGUGAUAUUGGAAAUAAUACAAUACAAUUUUAUGAAAAAAGAAUUAAUACACCUGCGGCACUUUCUACUUCAGAUGAAAAGAAACAAUGA